UCUACUGCGGGACCUUCCAGGAUUGGAAGAGCUUGGCGGUACGUCACUUCCUGACUGCUUGGCAUAGGCUCUGAGCGGCGCGAGGCAACCGGAGCGAGCGCUUUGCCAUCACGUGGCCUUGACUCGCUGUCGCCGGUGACAGUAUGGAGGAUGGCCGGGAGCAGGCGCGGCCCGGGGUCGGCGUGGGGGUGGUGAUUACCAGCCCCCACCACCCUGAUUGCGUCCUCCUGGGUAAGAGGAAAGGCGCCGUCGGGAACGGCACGUACCAGCUCCCCGGAGGGCACUUGGAAUUCGGGGAGAGCCUGGCGCAGUGCGCCCGCAGGGAGAGCCUGGAGGAGGCCGCGCUGCACCUGAAGAACGUGCGCUUCGCCUCGGCCGUGAACUCGGUCAGCGCCCCGCAGCGGUACCACUACGUCACCGUCCUGAUGAAGGGGGAGGUGGACACGGAGCGCGAGCCCGAGCCCAGCAACCGCGAGCCGGAGAAGAACGAGAGUUGGGAAUGGGUUAAAUGGGAAGAAUUUCCUCCACUAGAUCAACUAUUCUGGCCUUUACGCUGUUUAAAGGAACAAGGUUACAAUCCUUUUACAGAAGACUUUAAUCAUCUCAGGGGAUACACAGGAAAUCACCACUAGAUGGCAUAGUAAAUUCAUUUUAUAGUGUGUAUAAUAAGUGUUUGUUCUUACAAAGAAACCUGUUUCCAUAUGUAAAAGACAGGGAUAUCUUGUUCCCUCCGCUAGCAUUCUGUCCUUACCAAAGUCAGAAAGUUGUUGCAGAGCCUUUUCCUUCUUCAACAUCAAGCAUCUGUAACAGUCGUUGUCCUUGUAUCCCAUUAUUUAUUUAUUUAUUUAUUUAUUGAACUAAUCAAUAUUAGACAUGUUCUCUAAUUUAAAACAAUCAAGUAUCUUAUUUUAAAAGAUCCUACAUAUGUUAGAAUGGUAGCAUCUAUCCCAUAAACUUUAAUAUAUAGAUAGUAUGUCCCCUUGAUAUCUGUGGAACUGCUCAGCUAAAACUAGUGAUAAGGGAAAGCUGCAAAGAAAUACAGCUUUUCCUUUUAUUUGUCGUCUUGUUCUUCAUUAAAGUGAAGGUUUGUUUGCUUCCACCCUGCAGUCGUGCCCACAAAAGAUCAUGAUAAUAUAUGUAUGUACAUAUGUGUGUGUGUUAGUCUCUGAGGUACUACAGGACCACUUGUGUUUAGGGUUUUUAGGUUGCAGAUUAAUAGGGUUACAUCCCCCUAAGACUUUUAAACCUGCAGUCAUAGUUAUAAACACAACUUCUAGACCUUAACAACAGCCUCACACCAGCCUCUGUUAUUUUAAAUGAUGCCACCAACCUCUCCAUAGGCAGAUUUUAUUUCGUUUGGUCAUGCUGAGUGCCUUGUACUGGCUGCAGAAACGUGCUAAGUGCUGAAAGAGGAAGCGGGAAUAUAAUGAUUUUCAGGAAUGGGUGAAAGUUCUAGAAUCCUACAUGGUAAGUCUUUUUGGUAUGAAACUUGAGUUGUUUGAGUUCGCUCUGCUAUAAAACAUUAACUCAUAAACAAAUUGUAUGUCCUGCUAAUCUUCCUUUGAUGCCUAUGCAUAAAGUUGUAUGUGUAAAAAGUUGUAUGUGCCUGUUAGCACAAUGUUAAUAGUAAAGUAGAAUUCUUAAUGUUGCUGAACAUGUUGACUUAAAAAUAUCAGAUUUAGCAUGAAAAUUUUAAAAAAGCAAGACAGUGCAGACAGACUUUCUUUGAGAUUUAUGGUUGUAGCAGCAUUUUUUAAAGAAAAUUUUCAGUGCGCUGUAUUUGUGUUUCGUAAACUUUCUUAGACCACGGAACACCAAACAAUAAUAUUUUAUGUGGAACACCUAUGAAAAUUUUCUUCCAAAAAAAAUUGUUGUCAGACAAAAACAAAGAAGUAACACAAACCAAGAAAACAAAGAAGUAACACAAACAAAGAAGAGGUUGCGGCACACCUGCGAGUUGUUCGCGAAACACCAGUGUUCUGUGGAACAUAGUUUAAGAAACACCGCUAUACUUACUGUUGUGAAUUAUGCUGCUGCAUAAUUCUCAGAAAUGCUAGAAUGCUAUAGCAUAUUGAUAAGUCUUGUUCAUAAACAUGACCGUUCCUACUGGAUGGACUACUAAUACUUCAUUCAUUGGAUAAGGAGUGCAGCCACCAUUAAACUGGACAAAAGCUAUGGCUUUUAGUGUUCAUCUAAUUUCUCAUCAUGAAGUGGUGUGACACUCGAAAUUUAAAUGAAUUGGCAGUGUGUAACACUGCAAAAGGCAAAUAUUUAAUAUGCACAGAAUUAAAGAUUUCCAUUAUUUUAUCAGAAAAAUCAGAAUUCAGAUUGGGCCAAAUCCUGGUCCCACUGAAGUCAAUGGAAUUUUUUUCUGUUGACUAUGAGGAGACUGGGAUUUUACAGAAUUAUGAUUUAAAACAUCUGGUGGCUAAAACUUCUUAUAAAUAGUUCAGUUGUUCUUCAAGCAACAUUUUAAAAAUAUAUUUUGUAUUCAGAAAGAGGGGGAAGGUUAAGGACAAUAACAUUGGUUGUUUCACUUGCAUAGAAUGUAUGUAGAGGAAGAAUGACAAGAUGUUAGGGUACAAUGCAUUAUAAUUUCCUACUGAGAAAUACUUUUUUUAAAUGUGCUACUUAACUGUGCAACCUCUUGUGGAAAAGAUGUAUAUUCCAUAAAAUAUAUUGUUAAAUAUAUAAUAUUCCAUAAAAUAUAUUAUAAACAUUAUUGCUAAAAAUCGUUUUUAAAUUUGACUCAUCGUACUUCAUACUGCAGUGUAUUUUGUGCAAGUUAUUUUUCUUUGUAAGAGGUUACUUAAGGUUAUCUUCCUGAAGGUAACACUUCAUGUACACUGUGAGGGUGCUUUCAAAUUAUCCCAACCACACGUUAAACAAGACUAUCAGAACAUGCGACAGGUUUACCGUCCUUCCAUCUAAUGGUACUAAAGGAAGAGAUUAAUUUAAUUUAGUUUCUGGGAGACACCAAACACGAAUGUGAAGGAAUAGGCCUAACUUUAAAAUGUUUAUUGCAAGAUAAAACAAUUUUAUACAUAUGGAUUAAUUGAUUGGUAUUUUUUGUCUGUGUUGCUAAUGAACAGAGAUCGAUAUGGUAAAAUAUUGGGCACAAAAUAACACAUGUCCAGUUGAAAUCUGUCAAAACUGUGGUGUUGCACUCAUACUCACACAAGAGACUAGAUGUAGGCUGCAUCUAGUUUUUUCUUUGCCUAGUUUUACUGUAACACUUCAGCCAGCAAAAGGUAUAUUCCCAUCUUAGUCUUGGGACAUGUAUAAUUCCAUGGGCAAGUUAAUGUAAGGGAGCUGUUGUUACAUUAUUCUACAGAAUUAUUCUACAGAAUUGCAACUUCAGUGGUGUCACCCUCUGCAACAUGGUGGAGGGAGACUGCUUCAAUUUGCUUUGCCAUCACGGAUCAAAACGAGUAGCAGUUCAGUGGUAUUAUCAGCUUUCUUUGGCCAAAAAAGUGCAGACACACUGGUUAAGGCAUCAGUAUCUAGUCAGAAAUUAUGGAAUCCACUCCAAAUGUUAUUAGCUAACAUACCUUACUUAACAGUUAAUUACAGCAUCCAAGUAACAUAUUACAACAUCCAUACGUUACUCCUAAAUUUGCUUAGUAUUCUGUGAUUCCCCUGCAGAAGUGGAACUGUAGAGCUGCUGGCUACCAGUAGGAGCUGUUAAACUCACUCAGCUGGCAGUGAUUGAAGUGACCAGCCUGUCAGGGAUAUAGGUAUUCUGCACAUUUUGGCUGCCAGGCUUCAUCAUGCUCCUAGGGAUGGGGUCCAGAUCUGGCAAAAAUUGGGAAAUGGUGUGGUUCCUCCCUGUUCCCCAGCAGGAUAGUAAAGAAGCUGGUGGGAGUGAAGGCUUUGGGGUUUCAGGUGUCUGAGCUGGGGCUGCCCCACAACUUGGGGUGGAGGAUGGGGUGGCUGGAAUUUUGGGAACCCUGUGGCUGGGCUCAGAAAGGAAUAGAAGUGAAGGUGUCUAGGCUGGGGGGUUCCCCUAGCUGGGCUCUGGAGGAAGAGUAGUGCAGGUUUCUGGAGUCCCCACUCAAGGCCUCCCCUCCACCCCACUGGAACUGGGGGAAUCUUUGUGUUUAUUGUUGACAUACUUACUGACACGUAUUUUGAAAUUACAAAAUAAUUGAAACUAAAGCGACUUAUACUGUUGUUUUGACAAAUAAAAUAUGCAGAAUUUU